AUGUCAGGCCGUGGCAAAGGAGGAAAAGCUCGAUCCAAGCCUAAAUCCCGAUUCAUCCGUGCGGGUCUUUCAGUUCCCCGUUCGGUCGAGUCCACACAACCCCUCCGAAAAGGGAAAAACUACGCCGAACGAGUCGGUGCCGGAGCACCAGUCUACCUGGCUGCCGUCAUGGAGUACCUCGCAGCUGAGAUCCUCGAGUUGGCCGGCAACGCUGCCCGCGACAACAAGAAAACCAGGAUUAUCCCCCGUCAUCUUCAACUUGCUGUGAGGAACGAUGAGGAGCUCAACAAGCUUCUCGCCGGUGUCACCAUCGCCCAAGGUGGUGUCCUGCCCAACAUCCAGGCAGUCCUUCUGCCCAAGAAGUCCGCCAGCAGCAAGAAAUAAGCUGUGUGUGCAACUUCUCACCCGGCCCUCAGCUGUCUCUCUCUGCACCACGCAGGGAGCCCCAGCUUGGCCCAAACGGCGUUUAUCAGCGCCACUCCACAUAUCAAAAAAGAAAACUACCUUCGUACAAUUCCAACAUAUUCUUUCAAUCCACCUACUCAGAUGUAGGUUUUGAAGACCAUGUAUUCAGUUCUACUUACUGUCAGCCGGGGUCAAUGAACAAUAUUCACACAUGAUCCCUUUCCUUCUAAGCUCACUUUUAAGCUGCAUCAUUUCAGUUACACAAAAUUAUCGGCCCCCACGCCUAACAUAUCUCUCACAGUCACAGGAAAAGAAGACCCUAAAUAAGCACAUGUUUUCUUUAAAAUACA